GGAACAUUCUGAACAUACUGAUUUGAUUCGUGAUUUUUGAAGCUGAAGGCUUUUUCAUCAUAGUGGGCUUGCUUGUCAGUAACGUGUCAGGAUUAAGGAUCAUGGCCACACCUCCGAGGUCUCCUCCACAGUCUGAUGGUCAAUCAGAGGCCACUUUGAAGCAGAGUAGAACAACAACACGACUUAGAACAUUGACAUUAAGAACCAUGGAUCAGCCCAGACCGGCAGUUUAUGUCGAUCCCGCUACCGGGAGAGCAUCGGGACCUAUGCGUGAAAAGUUCCAAAGCUAUCUAGGGGUAGUUGCGCAAGAAAAGAUCCCCAUUAUCCACAACAAUUGGAAAGAUGUACCUGAAACGCUUAAGGAGAUAGUGUGGAAUGACAUAUUAGCAAAGUUUGAUAUCCCAGAAGCCGCAAAGGUGAAGACGAAGGUUAUGUCUAUGGUUGCGAUGAGAUGGCGACAAUUUAAGUCCACAUUGACUAGCAAAUUUGUCUUUGGUAAGACUGAAGGGCAACAAAUGCAGGAUGUUGUUACAAAAUAUGGAUUAGAUCCCGAAGCUUGGAAACAAUUUGAAGCAACCCGAGUGACACCUAACUGGGAGAUUAGUUUAUAA